AUGCCCAGGGAGGCUGGAGAAGACAGCAUGGGACGGGCCGAGGGUGCUGCACCAGCAGAGCCUGGAGACCCUGACAGUGGUGAGCCUGGAGCCAUCAGCCUGCGCCCCGUGGAGUCCAUCAGUGACCUGCACUGGGCCUCGGGCGGGCAGAAGGGCGCUGAGGGCAAUGGCCCAGCUUCCCCCAGCAGCCUGCACCAGCCCCUGCCUCGCCCCACAUGCCCUGGCCCCCCAACGCUGCUGCCUACUCUGCGCCCUGUGCCCACCGCCGGCCUCUGCCCUGGCCCCCCCCUGCUCUUAGCCCUGCUGGGGCUUCUGGCCCUGGUGAGCCUGGUCCUGGCCACGCUGGCUGUCUACCUGAGUGUCCUGCAGAGCCAGUCAGUGCGGGUGCUGGCCCAGUGGCUGGAGAGCCAAGAGGACGCCGUGCACCAGCUACAGGCAGCCAACGGGCAGCUCUGGGCUCGCCUGAACACCAGUGUCGAGCCCGGUGGGCACCGCUGAGCUGCUCCAGGCCCCACCACAGGCA